AUGGAUCGCGAUAUCAGCCCACCACCCGCAAAGCGCAGGAAGGUCAAGCCGGCGACCACACAAAGCGCCGUUCCCCCUGCAUCUCUUCGAGGCUUCCUACGCCGCCACCACUGGCCCGCCAUGCUGCUCCUUCAAGAAGUCAAGAUCGCGACAAAGGAUAUCAAAACACAAGAUGCCGUUCGCGCAGCAGUGAAUGCCUCCUCGUCAGCAAACAGCAAAGAACCGGCAUACGAAGCACACUUCACCCUGCCCAAUGAUGCGUACAACGCGAAGGGCUUACGAGGUAGCGGCAAAGUGUACGGUGUUUGCUCAAUUCUACGUCGCGAUCUCCGCGAAAAGUACUCCGUCAACGUCCAUACCGUAGACUGGGACAACGAAGGUCGUAUCUCCAUUGUGAAAAUCGCCCGCGAUCGGCAAAGAUUAGCCGUGUUCAACAUCUACGCCGUCAACGGCACAGACAACCCCUACCGAGACUCCAGAACCGGAGCACAGCGCGGAACGAGACACGAUCACAAACUUGCCUUCCAUAAGGCGCUGGCAGAGGAAUGUAAGAGAUGGGAAGGAAAUGGGUGGGAUGUCCUGCUCGGAGGCGAUAUGAACGUUGCGCCUGAUGCGAGAGAUGGGUUUCCGAAAUUACGCAUGUUUCCGAUGCAACACGUUCUCAACCGCGCUGAUUUCCACGACAAGCUCCUACAGGGGAAAGAAGGUAAAGAGGGUUUCGGUGGUGUAGAUGUCUGGCGAAGGAUACACGGAGAGAAGAGGAGGUACACAUACUACUCCAGAGGGCGGGAAUGGGGCACGAGUUGCGAUCGGGUUGAUUACUUUAUCGCUGGGAGAAGGGCAUGGGAUGCUAAAAUGAUCAAGGAUGGCGGGAUCUUAGACAGUGAAGCGGAGAGAGGGUCGAGCGAUCAUGUGCCGAUUUGGGUGGACAUCGCACUCUCAACACCGGAAGCGGAUCAGUACUGA